CGGACAUCAGAUCGUCUGUCUGAAUUUGAAAUAAUACGCUCAACUCUUUACUUACGGGAAGAAAUGCAAUGCCGUAAGCCAGUGCUUCGAAAUCCCUCUUCACGACAGCAUGUACAGUGCAAUGCUUCGGCGAUCGAUCGUGCUCCUGAUCGGACUGAAUGCGGUGGUAGCAAGCCUAGGACCACGGCACCAGGCCUCAUUUUGGGAUGUACAGGCGAAAUCGGCAUCGAAGGCAAUUGGCUGGCUGGUGGAGAACCAGUUAAGCGACUGCUCGUUUGCCAUUCUUGCGACCGACGAUUCCUUUUCCGCGGACGUCACCCUCCGCCUUGUCGACCUCAUGGUGGAGCGCGGGCUACUGUACCAGGUGUCAGUGAUGGCGUUCGGUGGUCCGAGUUGGGAACCACUGUGGAGGGCGACGAAUUGCAAUAUUUACAUCGUUAUUGCUCAGGACCUACUCAUGCUUGAGGACUUUCUGAACGCAGACGAAGACGCUUGGGACUGGCAGGGUCGCUAUGUCUUUCUGUCUCAGUCCAGUAAGUCUGAUCUUCAGCGCAUAGCAGUUAUGUACAAGCUUCAAAAGACUGUUGAUGUCUUAUUUUUCGUCUCCGGUCGCACUGAAAACGAACUUACAUUGUACACGCAUCAGCUGUAUACUGAAGAAACCAUCAAGUUCCUAAACGUAUGGAGAGACGGAGAACCAGUCACCCUCGUUGAUGUGUUUCCUGAUAAGUUACGCGACCUCAGGGGGCGAGAACUGCGUGUGUUUACAUUCAACCACGCCCCCUCCGUUUUCUCCGACGUGGACCAAGACGGAUUUUUGCAUAACGUGUCGGGUAUCGAUAUCAGGGUGGUGCAAGCGAUAGGAAGAACGCUGAAUUUCAAGCCAGUGUUCGAACAUCCGGGACCUGCUCGCUGGGGUACCAUCCUGCCCAACGGUACUCACACGGGCAUGGUCGGACGCAUAAGCAACGACGAGGCGGAGAUGGGCGUAGGCAACGUGUUCGUGACGGAGGUGAGGGCGCGCUACAUCACCUUCAGUAUCCCUUACGACUACGAGAGGGCGUGCUUUCUGACGCCGUCCCCGCGCGAACUGCCCCGCUGGAUGGCGCUCACCUUCCCCUUCACGCUAAAUGUCUGGUUGCUGCUUAUAGUGACUGUGGCUUCGCUGGUGGUGUUCGUGCCUUUGUUCGGAAAGGUCAUGCUACUUGAGGAAUUUGCCGGUGACCUUCACACCUUAUCAGGGACUUUUCUUUACAUCAUGGCUCUCUUCUGCAACCAGGCUACUAUCCUUCCUUCGCGGACUCCUAUGCAGGUAAUGGCAGCGUUCCUCAUCAUGAGCGGGUUCCUCACCACCGUCUUCUACUCCUCGAACCUAAAAGCCUUCAUGAUGGUCAAAGUCGUGGAACAGCCUUACACUUCCAUUCAGCGGAUCGUCGAGAGCGACUAUGAGGUUGGUGGAUUCAGCGACUUCUGGAGAGCCAUCUUCGAGGAGUCUUCCAACGAGAACGUCAAAAAACUCGGACAAAAGUUCUUCAGUUUCUUUCCCGACAUCACUCCUCAUCUCACGCGCGUCGCUUCUCGAAAGGUAGUGUUGCUGGAGAACACUCAACACCUGACUUACCUGCAGGAGUCCUACCUGACGAACCGCAUUGGGGAGUCCCCGGUCAGGCUCAUGCUGGAGGAAUGCAUCAAUCCUUUUGGCAUCGGCGCUCUCCUCAGGAGGAACUCCCCGCUCAAGCACAAUGUUGAUAUGGCUAUUCUGCGCAUGCGUGAGGCUGGACUUGUAUACAAGUACUUUGAGGAGGUGCUCUUGAAGGGACAUGACGAAGCUCACAACAUAGACAACGUUGAAUAUAACAAUGAAGAAUCCGUUAUCGGCCAAGGGGUAAUAGCUCUGACUUUGGAGCAUUUACAGGGAGCUUUCCUGGUACUCGGGCUUGGGUUAUUUGCUGCUUUGUGCGUCAUGCUGACUGAAGCUGCAACAGCUCUAUGCACUUGCAUGGACCCUCUCCAACCUAAGGCGUAAAUUGGAGACUACGGACCUAACCGCAGACUUAACAUGACCGUUCGAUAUAUGAGACAGGAUAAGAAACUUUUAAGGUCUCCGGAAGACAACCGAUAUUGAGACUUGGGACACCGUUUGCACCGUUUCUUAGCGCUGUAACGAAAUUUAUUAUCUAGCACCUUAUGGCUCUAACAUGCAAUUGCUUUAUGUAUUGUACCUAGUAUACAAAUUAUACAAAAUUAUGGAACUGUAAUGUAAGCACAAAUAAAAAUGUCUGAA